UUCAUCUUUCAAAUCUCGAAUACUAAUGUGGCGUUGCAAGCCUAGCUUCGAAAACUCCACAAUUAUUGUUCGUAAGAAAUUAACAUCGAACAAUGUUACUUCAAACAGUAGAAAAAGGGAGUUCAUUUAUCAAUAAAACAAAGACAAUUUCAAUUUUUGGGGAGCCGUCGUUACGCAUCGUUCGGUGGUCGCUCUUGAGCAACUUGCGAAUGUGGGGACUGGAGUCUGGACAUUUUCGCGCGCCUGCGAGCCCUUUGAUGCGGGACAGAAGAGCGUCAAUUUUCGGGGAACGAUCCGCGAAGCGCGAAGAAUAUACGAAUCGUAUCCACACUCAUGCUUCGCAGGUACAUUUAAACUUCCAAAGAACAAAGCUUGAUUUGAUUACCUACUAUAUAACUAUGGCAUCUCCACGUACACGUUGCAAAUUGAAUCACAUCCGAACUCAAGAAGAAAACAACAAAUGUUUCGAAUGUGGUACAUUGAAUCCACAAUGGGUUUCUGUUACAUAUGGUAUUUGGAUAUGCUUAGAAUGUUCAGGGAUACAUCGAAGCCUUGGAGUUCAUUUGUCGUUUGUACGUUCUGUCACAAUGGAUAAAUGGAAAGAUAUUGAACUCGAAAAAAUGAUGGUGGGGGGCAAUGCUAAAGCAAAAAGUUUUUUUGAAAGUCAGCCCGAUUAUAAUCCAGCCAUGAAGAUUACUCAAAAAUAUAACACCAAGGCAGCAGCAAUGUACAGGCAAAAGAUUGCAGCUCUCGCUGAGGGAGAAGAUUGGAGUCCUUCAGAUUAUAAGCCUGAUGUUGUUGAAAAGUCAAAUGAAUGGAAUCAAUCACAAAACUUCUAUUCCUCUGAUGAAAACACUUUUCAUACAAGUGGUUCUGACAAUAAUAUUAGUUACCACAGUGAAUAUGGAAGCGGUCGUUACACAGGAUUUGGGAAUACACCAAAACAAUCUCAAUCCACUCCGAUGUCACCAAUCCACAGUGGCAAUGAGAUGGUGGAUAAUACUCUAGCUUCCUUGGCAUCGGGCUGGUCUAUCUUGACAUCAUCCGUGACCAAAGCUGCAAGGACCGCCACAGAAAAUGCUGUCAAGUAUGGAGGUAUUGCUUCACAAAAAGUGUCAGAGAUGGCUACAACUGUCACUGAAAAGGUAAACAAUCGUGGAGGUUGGAGUUCUCUGGGUGGUACCAAUGAUCUACGACGUGCAAGUAACUCAAGCGCUCAUCAUCAAUCUCAGAGCUAUGGAGCUAUGAAAAACUCCACAUCUGAGCCCUAUUCUCAAUGGAAUGAGCAAACUCAGCCAUGGAAAGAAUCGGUAGCGACAAAGAAUAAUUUGGAUACUCGUGAUCUUUCACAAGUUGGCAUUUCAAGUCCCCCACCUGAUAUAAAGAACAUUACUAUCAAGAAGAAACAAGAUGAUGACACUUGGGAAUGGCUCAACAAUUGAACAAUACACAAAAAUAUACAUUUUCUUCUCACAUUCUUCUUAGCACAUAACAUUAACAGUGCAUAGAAUAUUGAUGCAGUUUGACAGCUGUUAUUUAAGUUGUAAAUUGUAGGGCCUCAUAUUUUAUUUUCGUAACUUUUUUUGCUAUUUUUUUUUCAUAAUUUUAAUUCAAAGGAUUAAGGAAUUGUUAUUCAUAAAAAUAUACUUUGGGGCAGUCCAUUAAUCA